AUGGAGAGCAAUGAUGAGGACCCGAAUACUAAUUGUCCAGAAGUCAUAAACGAUGCAAUGUUAGGUGUAUGCAAUACAAGGCAAUGUACAUCUAUUACUCAGUCAUCUGCUGAGAAUGUUAACCUUAUUUGCAACACAUCUGGAACUAGAUAUACACAAUUGUCAUGUGGCAUGACGCCUACACAAGCAUCUGAUCCAGGUUCCUAUGUUGCUGAAGCUACGUUGACACAAGAAGUUGAACAGCGUUUUAUAGAUAAACGCUCUAAAAGACAACAACAACGACAGAAUGUGUUUGAAUUUUUUCGUAUGGUGAGAGACCGAGUCAAGGAAAAUGAGUUACUGGCUGUACAAUUGAUCAUUAAAUCAUCAUGCAACGGUGAUGGAAGAUUGCAAAAUAUGCCAAUUGUGUCAGAGAUAGCAGGUUUAAUUGUGGGAAACAUUGAUGAAACAAUAGCAGUGCGGGAUAUUGUUGUUUAUGAUCGCAAAAUGGGGUUGUCUAGAAUUAGUGAUCUUCACCCAAGUUUUAUGGCCAUGCAAUAUCCUUUACUAUUCCCGUAUGGUGAAGAUGGAUUUCGACUUGGCAUUUCAUUGGAAGGAGAGUCUAAUAAUUCAAACAUGAAGAGAAAAGAUGUAACAAUGAUGGAAUAUGCUGCAUUUAGGAUCCAACAAAGGUGUAACGAAGGACAUACAUUGAUUCUUUUAGGCAAACUAUUACAGACUUACAUUGUAGAUAUGUUUACAUGUAUUGAAGAAGAUAGAUUGCUUUGGGUCAGACUAAAUCAAACAAAACUUAGAGCGGAGCUAUAUUGUGGCAUUAAAGAUGCAAUAUUCAGAGGUGAUACAGAUGGAGCACAAGUUGGGAAGAGAAUUUUCUUACCUUCAUCGUUUACUGACGCCGUAUAUACUAUUGAAUUUCAGAAAAGGGGAUUGCCACAUGCACAUAUCUUUCUAUGGUUGGGUCCUAAUAGUAAAUAUCCAGAUUCUGAUGCUAUUAAUAAGAUAAUCAGUGCUGAGAUUCACGAUAGAGAAACAGAUCCAGUAGGAUAUGCAGCGGUUGGACAAUAUAUGAUGCACGGUCCAUGUGGCAUAUUUAAUACAAGCCCCCCAUGUAUGAGAAAGGGAAAUUGCUCAAAACACUUUCCAAAGAAGUAUGUCAAUGAGACGGUAAUUGAUGAGUCGGGUUUUGCUGUAUACCGGCGAAGGAAUGAUAAUAAUAGAUGGGUAGAUAAAAAUGGUACAAAGUUGGACAAUGCUUAUGUCGUACCUUAUAAUCGGAACCUUAUUGUUAAAUAUCAAUCCCACAUUAAUGUCGAAUGGUGUAAUCGAGUUCAAGCGGUUCAAAUAACCAUGAAGAAAACUGAUGAGAUCCAAUAUUAUUUGGAUUGUCGAUACAUCUCAGCACCAGAAGUAAUUUGGAGAAUCUACGGAUUUGAUAUACAUUACAGAAUUCCUACUGUGGAGAGGCUCCCAUUUCACCUUCCUGAUCAUCAGUCAAUGAUUUUCAAAGACUCAGAUGAUCUUAAUGAAAUUAUUGAGAAUAUUAAUGCAAAGAAAUCAAAAUUUAUUAGCUGGAUGGAAGCAAACAAGUUGUAUGAUGAAAGUAAAACACUCACAUACUCAGAAUUUCCUUCACAUUUUGUUUGGUUAGCUGAUGAGAAAUGA